GAGGGCACGGGGUCAUUGGCGACCAUGUGGUGGUCGUCGUCUAGGUCUGAGCUCCAAGCCGUGCAGCACCUGGAGCUUGAAGGGUUGAGUCAAUUGCAAGAAACCACCACAUUUGUGGCUAGGUUUGCAGGAAACUACCAAGUCGUUAAUCUGUUGCAAAAAACACCGUAAAAUCUCUUAACCCGUUGCAAAAAGCACUGAACAGCCAUUUAGCCUCGUUUGAUCUCUUUUCCGACAGGUGGGCCGCGAAAACGCUGACGUGGCGUGCGGACAGGCAAACGGCGCCGUUAGGAAAGAAAACGGUCAACACGCCGCGCGGUCGGUCCUGUCGGUGCUCGCCAGACAGAUGCCCCGCGCCCUCUCUCUCUCUCUCGCCCCUCUCCUCUGCCUCCUCUCUCUGGCUCUGGUCGCCGUCGGUGAGAAGCCAGCUGGCCGCCGUCCGCCAUGGUUUCGUGGAGCGACGACAGCGAGGAAUCGGGCUACGAGUACUCUUCAGGCGGCUCCCCUAUCAAGAUCCCGGCUACAAUCGAGGACCCGAACUACUCUGGUGUUGAUGAUGAGGUGAUGGUGAUAUGUGAGCAUGGCCAGCCGGCGAAGAGGCAUGUUUGCUUCGAAGGGAUUAGCACUGGGAGGAGGUUCAUUGCCUGUGGACUUGAUGAAGCAAGCAGUUGUGGUGUUGUUCAUUGGGUAGAUGAGGAGUGGCCAGAGCAUCUGCAGAAUGCUCUUCACAAACUAUGGCUUUUGUAUGAGGAUUGCCAGCGUGCUAAUAGGAUGGCAUGUCUGGAACAUUCAUCACUUGUCCACAAUCUCACAUCACAGAAGAACAAGCUACAGGAGACUUAUGAGAAGCUUGUUGAGGAUGUGAACAACCUACUUGAUACCCAGGACAAUAUUCCCAAGGAAAAUGAAGUCCAACAAGGUGAACAUGAGGAGAUCACUCCUUCUUUGGACAAUAAUAUUUCAGCUUUGAAGGAAUAGCUGGGUGCAAUGGAUGCUGAGAACAAAGAACUGAAGCAAAAGGUUGACCAGUUGAACAGCAUUCAGGUUGCCCAAGGUAAUGUGAUUAGGAAUCUGAAGUUUGCUCAUUUGAAGGAGAAGGAAAAGUUGAGCACUGAGAGGAGGAAUUUGGAGUUUCACAUUGCUGAUCUUGUCAAAGCUAGUGACAAGAACAAGAGAAAGCUGAAGGACAUCAAGGAUAUUUGCGAUGAAGAGUGAUUUGUAAUCUGACCAUGUGGGUCAUUAUCUUAGGUUUCAAGCAUUGAACUAUGGCUUGUAAUGUGUGAACUAGUGGCAGUUUGCAGUAUUUGAAGUAGGGUGUAGCCUUGAACUAUGUCUUGUAAGCUUUGAACUAUGGUGUCAUGAUGUUAACUAUGUUGUUAACUAGAG